CUUAUAUUUCCUCCCAGACAAGGAGUGAGUAUUCUCCGGCGCCGACCAACAAAGAUGGCAACUUCCACCACCAACAGCCUCACUCUUCGCGCUUCAAUUCUCGCAAACCCCAGAUUACCUCCAAUCCUCCUCCGUCCACGGCUCUCCUUUCCCCGUAAACCCUCCUUCAAUCUCUCCCUACACAACCCUAGAACCAUCGUCUCCUCCGCCGUUACCUCCUCGCCGUCUCCGGUACUCUCCACUGAUAAAACCCCUUCUCAAUUCCCCUUCUCCGAUUCGACUAGGUCGAUCACCACCCUCGCUCUUCUUGCCGGCGUCGUAACCAAAUCCCUAAUUCAGAAGCUCUCCGUCGCAAUGGUUCACCUAUCUCCACAGAUUCAGUCAUCUUUCCGAGCAGCGAGUCCGUUGUUCUUCGCGUCGCUCCGUGAUCGUCCCGCCGGCUAUCUGAACACGCCACUAACUGUAGUUGCGGCGGGGCUAUCGAAAUGGCUCGAUAUCUACAGUGGUGUUCUGAUGGUCAGAGUUUUGCUCAGUUGGUUCCCGAACAUACCAUGGGAUCGCCAGCCUUUGUCUGCGAUUAGGGAUCUGUGUGAUCCUUAUCUUAAUCUCUUCAGGAACGUUAUCCCUCCCGUCUUCGAUACGCUUGACGUUAGCCCUUUGCUUGCUUUCGCCGUUUUGGGGACUUUGGGUUCGAUUCUCAACAACACCCGAGGAUAGUUUAAAGCAUUACUCUACUCUGUUUGGGGAAUGAUUAUGCAAAGCUUAUGGAUUGUAUCAAGUUCUCAUCUUUCCAUUUAUCUUUGGCAUUUAUAUUGUAUUGUCUAUAGUUAAUAGCAUUUGGGGAUAUAAAGGUUGUAUUAGUCUUUCAGUCUUUUCUUCUGUUCUGUGUUGUUUAUUGUAAAUGUACGAAUUUGGUUUCAUUAAUAGAACUGUAAGUUUCGAGAAUUAUAUGGAUAUACGAAAAGCUUGGGGAUU